AUGAAAGAAAAGAAAAGGAAAAGAAAAAAGAAAAAUGAAAAGAAAGAAGAAAAGAAAAGAAAGAAGAAAAAAGACAGUACGACAGACAAAGAGAGAGAGUGAGAAAGAGAAAAAGAGAAAGAG